GUGGGCAACUCGUGCCAGUCGAGCCGUGCGCCGCGUUCUAGUGCGGAGUGUUUUCAUGUUGUGUCUCGAUAUAUUUUAUUGUUUGAAUGACGUUCACGACGUGAUUAUGAACCACGCGAAAAGUUUCAUCAAUUGUAAACUGCCUUUUCUUGAGGCACGCGACUUAUAUUAUUCUAUUUUAUUUGACUCGUGUAUAGCGUCACGUGAGUCAUAUUUUAUUUUCAAAUUUUGCAGCGCACGUUGCACUAAGUUUUCUUUGAGGUUAGAAUGAGCCGCGUCCAAAUGGGUUUUCGUGUUUGUUGACAGUCCCUUUUACCUUCGUUUCCUUUUUCUGACAGUGUAUGGUGUAUUUGUGUGUAUUUCAAUGAGGAAGGAUUUUCGUUGAAUCUUGCGUACCAGCCGGCUUCUUGUGUUUAAUGUACCGGCAUUCCAACGAUAGUGUCAUCCUCGUGCGGAAAAUAGUAGUAGUUGUAUUGUAAAGGGAGAAAAAAAAAAUAAAGGUGAAACGUGAUUUAUGUGCGGUGACUGUUCGGCAACAUUUUCACGUGUGGAAGUCACGUACUGUCUUCCUCAAUUUUUUUUUUUUUUACAUCAUCGAUACUUGUGACAGGUGUCAUUUCCUGUGUGUUGGUACAAUUUAUUGUACAUUGUGACACAGGAAAAAGUAUUUCGUAUUUACUCAAAAGUUAAAAAUUUUCUUCCAUUUGUGUCUGUGUGUGUGUGAUUUUUGUGAUUGUGAAUAUAAGGUAUUUGAAAACGAAUAAUCGAUUCAAGUGAGACGACGAUUCUGAUAUAAGACAAAAAACUGGUACGGUUUGAAACCACAUGUCAAAAAUUGGUUAUAGAGAGAAAAAAAAGGCCUAAAGCAAAGGAAGUGAAGGAUUGACGGAGUCUGUUCCAGGAAAAAGAGUGGAGUAACUUUCAAGGUCGAGUGGGCAACGACUGCGCUCAGCUGAGAACUUGUCUCGCCGCUCGUUGAUCAGCGAGAACACGACGUGGAUAGUUGAACCUGCGGUGGGAUUUCUUAAAUUGCCCGCAAGGAUCGUGACCGUGUGACGCAGUGAAUCCUACCAGUCUAUUAUAAACCCUUCAGCAAGUUAUUCUUAGAACGUGAUAAACAAUGUCGCGUUUUUUGGAAUACCGUGUGUACAUUUAAGAACACAGAUUGAAGAAAGGAGAAGACAAAAAAAAUCAAGAACUAGGAUUAAAAUGACUAUUGCAAGUAAUAUUGUCGUGGAGUGGCUCAGGUCACUCCAUCUUGGACAAUAUUCCGAGUCUUUUAUUGAUAAUGGCUAUGAUGACCUUGAAAUCUGCAAACAGAUCGGCGAUCCUGAUUUGGACGCGAUCGGCGUCUUUAAUCAAGCCCACAGGGCUCGCCUUCUUCAUUCCGUGAAGACCUUGAGAGAAGAAGGAGCCGCGAGCGUUUAUUUUACUUUAGAAGAGACAAAUGACUGUCUCUUUGACAAUGUCAGUUCCAAGUCCUCGAGAACGUCCUCGGAAAGACCAACGAGUGAUAAAGACAUUCAAAGGGCAUCACCGACAGCAAGCUCAUCAAGUGGAGGCCAAGAACUUACGAAAUUCGCCGACGAAUACGAGGAAGGUAAAGCUGAACUUGUCAGGAUUCCAAGGAUGCAGCUUAGGAUGUUACUACAGGAUAAACUUCGAAAGGACGGGAUCAAGCUUGCUCAUCAGCCAUAUACAACACCGGAGGGUGAACGGGGAUACUUGGAGGGACUUGCUUCAAGGUAUGCAGACCUCUUCAGAACGCAUUACGGCGAUGUCCUGGAACCGCUUGAGGAGCUACGGCGCCGCGAAACAAAUGCCUCACCGAGAAUGCCCAACACUCAGCUCACCACCAGUCAUUCACAGCCCAUUUACGUGCCAGGGAAAUACUCGCCCUCGAGCUGCCUGAGCGACAAGGAGGAAGAUGAAAUCUAUGGCUUUGGAUAUGGGGUCUUUGGUCGUCAGAUGUUGCAACAGAGGCAACAAAAACUUGCCCUUUCAACCCAAAAUAGUACCUCGACAACCGCAGCACAUCAACCUACAUAUCAGAGUUGUCUGAGCCCGAGAUCCGCGUUCUUCUACGAGUUCCCGCCUAACGAACAAGGGCAAAAUACAAGUAAAAAGAAGACGACGUUCUCGAGACUUUUGCGAGGAUUGAAAACACAUAAAAAAGAAAAACAGGGUCAAACACAAAGUUCGCCGAAACAUAAUCGAUCCAGAAUGGGAGUCCCUCAAAGGGUGGACACGCCCGACAGUGUUUUACAAAGUGGACUGGGCCUCGGACCAGACAUGGGUCAUACGAUUUUGCGUUCUAUGGUGGACCCCAGAGAUUACGAUAGACUGAGGUAUUUCCAGAUGAAUGGAGGACAGUCCAAUACCUUCGAAGAAACCAUCCAAAGGCUGAAAGUUCAAGAGGCAUUGAAGCAAAAGGAGAGAUUUCAUAAAGAGCACGAAGACAUUUUGAGGGACAUCCGGCAGGGAUUAAUGCAGUUGGGUCGAGACGGUAGAGGUCAGCUUCCUGGUGAUGACACAUACAUGUACGAUGAUGAUGCAAGGUGUGGGAUAGCAGGAGGUCUCGGCCCUGGACCAGGUGGUCAACAUUGGUACGACGAACCACCUUACGAGUCAGACCCUGAAGAUUUUCUUAUGGGAGCAAGCGGUGGUCCAGUACCAACAACGACCAUUCAAAACGGAAAAGUAUGGUUCACAUUAAACUUAAGACCGGAAAAUCGAGGUGAGAGAGUGAUUUCACUUCCAACAGCCGGUGACAUCAGUCUACCAAGAGAUCGCUCUCGAAAAUCCGGUGAUCGUUCUCGAAAAGCAUUAGCUUCAUCAACUAUGAGGGGUCUUAUCGUAUCACAGGGUCUCAACAAUCCACCGGCAAUCAUUCCUCUCACAAGAGCUUCCAGAGAAAGUGGAGAUUACGCAAGCAGUGACGUACAGAGCCGGAGUAGCGGCGAGGAAGGCUUGUCUCCCAGCCAAAGCAGCGACUACGAGGAUCAAGAAGAAUUAGAGAGUCAACACUGCGCUGCCAUCCACACAAGCAUCAACUCGUUCCAGUCGGAGGCAAGUGCAUUACUCGAUGGCGAUGGCAAGUCAGGAAUCGCGGGUCAAGCAAGGUACUUGAGAAAAGAUGUACAAAAAAAGAUAUCACGACUUCGACAGGAUAGAGCAUCAUCAGAGGCAUUCCCUUGUAGUGCAAGCAGUGUUGAAAGUCUUCCAAGUGGAAGUGGUUCAAGUACACAAGCUUUGGUACGAGCGGGAAGUAAUCAUAGUUCGAUAUCCUGUGAAGAUAGAGAGGCCAUUAGCCCAACGUCCAUUGGUCCCGUUCUCUGUAGGGCGAGGGCACUAGUCGAUUAUACACCCAGUCCAUAUGACAAAGAGGCUUUGAAAUUUAAGAAAGGAGACGUUAUCGAUGUAAUGCAAAUGAACAAAAGUGGUUUGUGGAAAGGCGUUGUACACAAUAGAAUAGGACACUUCAAGUUCAUAAACGUGGAGAUAUUGAAUGAGAGAGUACUGAGGCGAGGUGAACCAGAACGAGGAAAGUGGGGCCAAAGAUAUAGACAGAAACCCGGAUCCGUUCAAGAGCUCUUACAAAGAAUGAAUCUGCAGGAACAUAUUCCGGUAUUCGUGCUGAAUGGUUACGAGGAUCUCGAGCUGUUUAGGGAGUUGGAGCCAGCGGAUUUAGACUACCUUCGCAUUCAUCAACCGGAACAUCGGGCUAAGAUCCUUACUGCCGUCCAACUUCUACACGACCUACAAUCCGGAAGCGAAGGGGACUUAGCCUCAAGUUCUGAGGGCGAUGAGGUUGGCCGCCUUGCACCAACCUCCAGUCAGACAUCCGGUCACUGUUCGCCCUUCAAUCGACGUCAAUUCCCCCGUGAUUCCGGAUGCUAUGACGCCCACAAGAAUCCCACGAGACGUAACGUAAGUCCCGAAACAUCUAAAGUCAUCAGAGAGAACAAUCUUGAUGUUACAAUUCAGGGUAAGUGCACAUCAAACGAUGGAAUUCCAUUAUCUGAACCAAAAGAUGAUUUUCAUCCAAAUAUUCCAAUAACGAGCGCCAUUCAAAAGGAGCAACCGUCAUUUGAAAAAUCGCCUUUAUUACGCGGUGGUGGUAAUGUUCGAUUUAUUGCAAAAAGAGGGAAUUUCGGUGAGACUGUUGUUAUUGAAGACGCUUGUGAAAAUGCACAUAAACUUGGAAUGGUGAAAUAUGUCGUUGGUGCCAAUAAUGAUAUUGGUCUGGGUUGUGAGACUGUUAAUGCGACAGUUAAUUUAAGUCAAAGAGGAUGCCUAAGUGAAAAAUCAAGUGACUCAGGUGUUAGUUCGUCGAGUCUUAGUUCUGCACCGCCACCCAGAGACAAAAAUCUUGUUGUCACUGCGGCAUCUGAUUCGCCAACAAAAAAUUUUGGCAAUUUCUCACGUAAUUCACCAACAUCACAUGCCAUUGCUGCCAAAAGUCAGAGCAAUGAUGCCAGUUUCCAGUAGGUAAAAUAUAAUUAUUUCACAUAUUCUAUUAAUAGUAUAAUAAUUAUUGUCCUAAAAAAUAAAACACCGCAUUUUUCAACGUCAAUAAUAAUAAUUGACAAAAAUAAUUUUAAUUUUUAAAAAAAUUUAUUUUAAACGAAACUUAACUUUUUUUUAAUUAUUUUUUUACAAUAUCGAAAAUUUGUAAGAAAAAUUAAUUCCAAAUAUGCAUAUCAUAAAAUUAUUCAAUUUUUCAAUUAAUUUAACAAUAUCUCUAAUAUUUAGAUAUAAGAAACUUGAUAUAGUUUUUUUCAACAUAAUAGACAAUAGAGAAAAACUAAUUUUUUCUAAGGGGUGUUUUUUUUACAUUUUU